AUGUCUGGAAAAGAAAUGAAUAAAAAAAAUAUUAAGUGCAUAUUCUUGGUGACUGAUUGCCCUAAAAAUGGCAAAAAUAUUUCGUUUGUUUAUCCCGACUCAACUUAAGUUUAAAAUCAUUUAAAAAUUGCAGAAAAAGAGUUUUCACUUCAAAAUUUACAAUCAUGCAUACAAACUAUGAUUUAAAAUUUUUUAGACUCUACCUAAUUUAUUGGUAUGAUUGAUAAGCAGGAUUUUUAGGGAUUUAAAGAAGAUUUUUUGAAAAAUUUCUUUUCUCCUAAAAAUUGCUCAAUAUCAAACGAACUCAUCAUAGAAAAUUAAGUAUAUAUAAGUAGCUCAGCCUUGAUUCCCUAGCAGGAAUAGCUUGAUGACUUAAAAGAGUCUUCCGAAAGUAUACAAGUAGAAGGAUUUACUAUUGUCAUUAUAUGCAAUGAUAUCUCUCCUAAUUAUAUAAAAUUCUAUAAGAAAGUGCUAUGCUUUUUUACAAGAGCGAUAGAGCUAGAAGAAAAGAGAAAAAACAUUCUAGGGAAAAUGCUUUACAAUCUUUAUAAAAGCAAUGAAGAUUUCAUUUAAAUCUGCAAAAGCUAAUCUGAACAGAAAAAUGUUUCAAUUUAUAAAAACAGAGAUGAUGGGAAUAAAAAUCAAGUUUAAAUUUAAGAUGACAUAGCUGCUCAACUACAAGAACACAGAAAAACACUGAUAGAAUAGCUAGAUUUAUAUAAAAGCUUCAAAAAACUAUAUGAUUCUUUAGAAAAAACUCUAUUAGAUAUAUCUCCUAUUCUCUAAAUGAACCUUGAAGGAUAUAGAAUAGAAAAUAUUCCUCAUAUUAAAAUAAAACCUUAUUAAACUUUAAUAAUCUCAAGAAAAGUUUGUAAAUAAUCACUAGAUAAAGACAAAGAUUGUUCCCAAAGAUUCAAAGAAUUUAUUGACAUGUAAAAUCCUUCUAAAAGUUUUGAAUAGCUAGCAAAGUAAGGACAUUUUUCAAUGAAAGAAAUAGAGUUAUAUGUGAAUCACUUAUUUAAAUGGCAAGAAAAUGUAACUAUUGUUAAUAAGCUUGAGUCUUCAUGCAUUUAUGUUUUAAACCCAAAAUUUAAAUAUAAUUUUCAAACUCUUGUUCAACUUGGAUCUAAAUAUAAAGAUAAAUUCAAAAGCUAGGAUCAAGAUAUUGAAAACAUAAUUGCAAAAUUCUAGUUUCCUAUUACAUGGUAGUAACUUAAAGAUACAAACUUUUUAAAGCAUGAUGGUGAAAUAGUUCAUCUUUUGUAAAAUAGAAUUAUAUGUGAAUGUGAAACAUAUCUAUAUUAAUUACCAAACAAAGUGCCUGGUUUUAGUUAAUAUUCGAAAUUUGAAAAAUAUGUUAACAAACCAAUAACAAUUCACGAAAUAUGCCACAGAGAAGACAUGAAGCUUCAAGCUUUGAUAUAGCUUCUAAAUGAUAGUAAAAGCCAUAUUAAAUAUUACUAUAUUAUCCCCAAAUGA